UCCUGGCCAGCAAUUUCUCCUAUAAUCCCUCAUAUAACUUUCUAGAAGCAUCAAAGCACAUUUCCCCAAGCUAGUCUCACUGAAGAUCGAAAACACAAAAAAACACCCGUUGAUGAACAGCACGUGCUCCUCCUUUUCCGAUCUCUUUCUAGCCCACUCGAUCUAAUCCCUGGACCCUACCAUACAUACUGCGCCCUGCUCCUCUCUACAAUGACAUACCACCUCCGGCCUUCCCAUCCUCGUCUUCCCACAUCUACCUUCCCACAUCUACCUUCCCAUCUUCGCCUUCCCUUCCCACUCCCUUUCCACUACCUGCCCCAUUAUCCCAGCCCCAUCCUCUCCCAACAACACCCACUCACAACGCCGAAAGAAGCACACACAGCCCAAUCCAAUCCAAUUCUAACCCACCCUCUUUCCACUCCCCCUAAAGCCCGCGUCGCAAAUCCCGUUCGCAUCACUUCCUUUCCCCCCUUUCCAGAAGAAAAACACUUCACCUGCUUCAUUCAGUGCAUGAGCAGUGCAUUUGGUCUAGCUUCCCAAUCUAGAAGAUGGGCACAAAAUACGAAUCGAGUUUGUUGA